AAAAUAAAGGGUCGGAUCGAAUCGGAUCAUCCGAAUAUGGCCCGUUUAGCAAAGAGGAUAAUCGGGGACACAGGGAAUGCAGAGCGGUUGUCUGCACGACGAGCAGUAGAGGAUUCAUAAGCUGGCAAUGGAGGAAGCGGACGGAGGAGCAGGAGAGAUCCCCCGUCCCAGCAGUCGACACAUCAAGAAGAGGACUCUCAGGAACAAAGCCUUGUCCAUAUCCUUCGACGAGAAAGAUCUCCGGGACUAUGUGACUGGCUUUCAUAAGAGGAAGAAGAAAAGAAGAAAGGAAGCAAAGCAGAAGUUAGAGGAAGCGCAACGCCGCAAACGCAUUCAGGAUCGUAAGAAGAGGAAAUUGGAAAAGGAAUUUGUUCAAUACGGUGGAGCUCCGUCAGCCACUGAUUCAGGACCAGAUGAGCUUGGAGAAGAUUAUGAGCAGGGUGAAGGAGCGGACCCAAUUCCAUCUGUUUCUGGGAUGAUGACAUACGAUAACGGCAAUACAAAAGUUACAGUGACCACCACUGAGAUUUCGCACAAAGAAGAGGACGACGAUGAAAUGCAUCCAAGUGAUAUACCUCACGCAAUACCCAGUUCAAUUGGAUUAGAUGAAAGAAAAAGGCAGAGUGUGCCUGUUCGUCAGAAUAAACCAUUCAAGAGAGUAGCAAAACACAAAUCACGGGCAAAGCCACAGAAUAAAAGAAACAAAAAGAAGGGAAAGAGAAAUGGCAGUAGGAUGCACUAGCACUAGCAGUGAUUUUUCUUUCAAUCUUGGAAUUUACCAUAACCAUAGCCUCUGGGAAAUUCUGGUGGAAAGGGGGCAGGGGCAUUCAACUCUGUGAUUGUUGUUUACCCUCGCAAAGCAAUUAUAGUUUGAUCUGCGAUAUACUUUAUUGACUUGUCAAUUGUGUUUUAUUAUUUAGAAAUGUUCUUCUCUGA